AUUUCAACAAAAGAUGGUGCACUUUGGAAAGUGGCUUUCUGAGCUACUAUGAAAAUGAUAAAACUACCAGUCCUAAUGGUAUGAUUGACAUCAGUGAAGUUAUCUGUCUUGUGGUACACAAAUCAGACUUCUUUUUAAACAGAGGGGACAUCUUUACCUUUGAAAUCUACUUAAUGUCAGAACGUGUUUUCCUAUUUGGAGCUGAAACUACAUAUUCACAGAGAAAAUGGACUCAGGCAAUAGCUAAGCAUUUUAUUCCCCCUGUGGCUGAAGCCCUGUUAGAGAGAGACUGUGAGCUGAUUGGCCAACUGUACUACAAAGAUCGCCAUAACCUGGAUCAGUGGAAAAAAGGCUGGUUUGCUAUAGAGAAGUCAAGCCUUUAUUUUUGUCUUGGAAUGGAGAAUGCUGAAGAAGAUUCCAUAUAUCUAAGGAGGUUGCAAGAACUAACAACCAGUAGUGUGAUGCAAAAUGGAGAGAAAAUAGAUGUCCUGCUGCUUGUUGAAAAAGGAAGAACACUCUACAUCCAUGGCCAUACAAAGCUGGAUUUCAUGGUCUGGUAUACUGCAAUUGAAAAAGCAGCAGGUACAGAUGGUAAUGCAUUACAAGAUCAGCAGCUCAGCAAAAAUGAUGUUCCUAUUAUAGUGAACAGCUGUAUAGCAUUUGUUACACAGUAUGGUUUAGGUAGCAAGCAGAUCUACCUUAAGAAUGGUGAUUCUUCCAAUGUGGCUGAACUGCUGGAAAGCUUCAAAAAAGAUGCAAGGAGUGUUAAGCUAAGAGCAGGAAAACAUCAGCUCGAAGAUGUGACAGAUGUACUGAAAAGUUUUCUUUCUCAAAUAGAUGAUGCACUUCUCACUAAAGAACUUUACCCGUUCUGGAUCUCUGUGUUAGAUACACAGAAUGAAAAGGACCGUGUGAGGAAGUAUGGAGCUUUUAUUCGGACACUUCCACCAGUGAAUAGAGCAACUUUGGCUGCCUUAAUUGAACAUCUUUACAGGGUGCAGAAGUGUUCUGAAAUAAAUCAUAUGAACCCUCACAAUUUAGCCAUGGUGUUUUCCUCAUGCUUAUUUCAAACUAAAGGCCAAACUAGUGAAGAAGUCAAUGUAAUUGAAGAUCUAAUUAAAAACUAUGUGCAACUUUUUCAGAUUAAUGAAGACCAGGUCAAACAAAUGGAUAUAGAGAACAGCUUUAUUACCAGGUGGAAAGACACUCAGGUUUCCCAGGCUGGAGAUUUGCUUAUUGAAGUUUACGUGGAAAGAAAAGAGCCAGACUGUAGUAUUAUAAUCAGGGUAUCACCUUUGAUGGAAGCAGAAGAAUUAACUAAUGAUGUUUUAGGAAUCAAAAACAUUACUCCCAACAAAGAUGAUAUCUGGGCUGUGUUUGAAGUACUUGAAAAUGGAGAACUAGAACGUCCACUGCAUUAUACAGAGAAUGUACUAGAACAAGUUCUUCACUGGAGUUCACUACCAGAGCCUGGCACUGCAUAUCUAAUAAUAAAGAGAUUUCUAACAGCAGACAUGAUGAACAUCUACAAUGAUAAAAAUGAGAAAGGGAGCAUAAAAGCAGGCAAUCUGAAGUACAAAGAAGAACCAUCAAAACUAUUGUCUGGAAACAAAUUUCAAGAUCGUUAUUUUGUGUUACAGGAAGGAAACUUGCUUCUUUAUAAGGAUAUGAAGGCUAGCAAACCUGAGAAAGUGUUGCCUGUCAAUUCCCUGAAGCUUUAUAUUGGAGUGAAAAAGAAAAUGAAGCCACCAACAAAUUGGGGACUUGCAGUAUUUUCUGAAAAACACCAGUGGUAUAUAUGUUGUGAUGGACAAGAUGUACAGAUGGAGUGGAUGAUCAGCAUUUUUACUGCACAGCAUGCAGAUAUAUGGCCACCUGCUGGAAAAGCAAGAAAACAGUCCAUUACAAAAAGUCCAAAGAUUAGAGGCUUACCACUAAUUCCCAUUCAUCAGGAGAAGAACACUUGUAAAAUCAGAGGGAAUACAGAAAAUAUAGAACUGCAAUCUGGAAAAUCAAGAUUUGGUGAACAUCAUGAAAAUGAAUUUCUGGAAGCAAGAAAGAACUUGAAAGAAAGAGCAUCUAUUGUGGCACAGUGUUUGGAAAGGAAGGAGGAGAAGGUGCGAAAUCAUGCAAAAACAUAUCGAAGUUUGGCUUCUGUUGAGGCUGGAGAUUCAGGCAUGACUGACCUACACCAAAGACCACAUAAGGCACUGAAGAAAAAUAAAAACAAAACAAACAAAACUACUUUGGAAUUAGAUAAAAAAUUGCCAUCAAAUGUGAUUUGGGAACUAAAUACAGUGCUGCAGAAGAACAGAGCACUUCAUGAUGAAACCUCCAGCUGA